AUGCCAUGGCUAGAGGCUGAAGCUGUUGCAGACGACAUCGAGAAAGGCGAUAAAGGAGCCCCUUGCGGGCAGUGUGUCCGGAAAGGCAGGGCUUGUGUCCGUGCUACCAAGCUCAAGUUCAGACACAUCACUGUGCCGAGUGACACCGAUGGCAACCGUGGAGACGCCCAGUAUGAGUUCUCUGAUACGCAAAAGUGGUGUCGGGUAUCAGGCAAGAGAAUACGCUUCAUCGACGAAACUGCAGAUAUAAACAGCCUCCACAACGAUGGAUUCGAUUCUGACGACGACGACUUUGUCUCGAUUGAAGACUUCCCCCCGAGCCUCCCGAAGCCGCAACUGCGGCGGACUAAGAAGAACGAUCACGACUUUGUCAAGCCGUCACCGAAGAACCGCCCAAACCGUACCUCCGAUCCAGCUAUUAACGAGACUGAUCGAAGCUUGCUGCCCAUCGAACAAGGCCAGCCGUACCCCUUGAACAAGCUACCCGCAUUGCACCCUCAUCCUGCUUUCCGAAGCCCGUCGUCAGGCCACCUGGAAUCAGAUGAUGCGCCACGGUCCUUCUCUCCCGUUCCUCGAAGCCAAAUAUCCGUGCCAAUAAGCGACAUUGGCAGCGGGAGCCACUCCGAUGAUCCCAGCUUGCCCGAACCGCGUCGAUCCUUCAGUUCCGCCAACUUUCCGUUAGAAGACCGUCGUGAGGCAGAUUUGGUUCGGCACUUUAGGGAGUUUAUCGCCGGUUCAUUCGACUAUGGUGACCCGCACAACCGGAUAUCGACUCUUCUUUUGCAGCAUGCCGCUCUCAGUCCCGUGCUGCUCAAUGCCGUCUUAGCUGUCUCAGCAAAGUCAAAGGAUGAUGGAGUCAGCCUGAACUUCUUCGAUAAGCCUGCAGAACGGUACUAUGAGAUGGCCAUGGAGUUCCUUCAGCCUGUCUUGGAUGAUACUGUCCUUGAAGUGGACGAAGCCCAGAUUGCUGCUGCUGUUCUGCUGAGGCUUUAUGAAAAUAUUUAUAGCAAGUCCGCCCUCUAG